CCGGGCUCCCGGGCUCUCGGGGUCCGGGGCCUUUGCACUUGUCUUUUCCAGCUGGGAACAAAGCCUUUUGCUGUUGCCGUGGCGACUGCAGGCCUUCACUUUUAAUCCCCCUCAUUUUCCAGUUCAUUCUCUGCUUAUUUUCUGGUCAGUCCGUGACCCUGUAGGCGGGCUUGGACCGGCGAUCGAUUUGCCGCCCUCAGGGCGCUGGGCGGCCGGCUGCCUCUGAGGCUGGGGCGGCCUCCGCGGUCUCCAUGGUAACGGCCUCGCCGGCGUCUCCGCCUAGAGGGAAGAUGCGGCUUGCCUGGCCCGCCGCCUCGCCCCCGGCCUCACGGUGGGACCCUGGGUACUGAGGACGAAGGUCCCCGGCGCCGGCCCGCGGGGCAACGGGCAAUAGCUGGAGAAAGAGCAGCUCAUGGAGAGGCUGAGAGAAGCGGUUUUCGCGUCCUACCCAAACUGGGAGAGUAACCUUCAGCAGCUGGACUCACCGAUUGGUUUUCCUUCAUUUUCAGUGAAAUCCCAUUCUCUGGCUGGAGACACAGAUGGCCUCAAAUGAGAGAGAUGCUAUAUCGUGGUACCAAAAGAAGAUUGGAGCCUACGAUCAGCAGAUAUGGGAAAAGUCAAUCGAACAGACUCAGAUUAAGAAGACCGGAUUGAAGCUUGCUCUCUGGAGAGGCUGAGCCAGAGAAGUUCUGGAUUCUGGAAGACCAGAAACAAAUCAGAGUCUGUUGAGAUGCUGCACUAAUAAUGGGGAUUAAGUGAAAGUCUGGUCGUCGGAUUUAUAAUCUGCAAACAGAAGACUGGAAUUUCUUUUCGUCAAAAUUGAGUAACCAAAGAGAACCUAAGGAUACUGAAAAGUGAAAUGACUGGCCACGCCUCUAUAGUGAGGUCCACUAUUCAAAAUGCUUCACGCAUUGCACACUGAGCUUGCAUUCAGUGUGUUAGUGACUGUUAAUUAUAAAUGGAUAAUUAAAGAUCAUCAAAUAUUUAAGACCUAAAGAAAAAGAAGAAAAGAGAAAAGAAGCAAUGCAGGAAUCAUAAAAACAGUGUUUUUAAAGAUAUAAUUACUGCCUUUAAAGAACUGGAUACUAUAAAAAGACGGAGAUAUCUUCAGGAGAUCUAUUGUAUAACAUUGGUGACUAUAGGUAGUAUGUUGUAUUCUUGAAAAAUGCUAAGAGAGUGGAUAUUAAGUGUUCUCACCACAUAAAUAAUAACCAUGUGAGGUAAUGUAUAUAUUAAUUUAGUCAUUCUACAGUGUAUAUCUACUUCAGGAUAUGUUGUACACACUGAAUACAUAGAAUAUUAUCUGUCAAUUUAAAAAUUAAGAGUGCUUAAGAAAUAGACUAUAGAUUAGAAAGUAGGAAGACUAGAAAAUAAAAAUAAUCAGAAUAAAUUCAGUGGUGGCUGGGUACAGUGGCUCAUGCCUGUAAUCCCAGCACUUUGGGAGGCCGAGGCUGAUCGUUUGAGCCCAGGAGUUCAAGAUUAGCUUGGGCAACAUGGUGAUACCCUGUCUUUACAAAAAAUACAAAAAAAUUAGCUGGGCUUGGCGUUGCGUGCCUGUAGUCCCACCUACUUAGGAGGCCGAGGUGGGAGAUCAUCUGAGCCUGGGAAGUCGAAGCUGCAGUGAGCCGUGAUUGCACCACUGCACUCCAGCCUGGGCGACAGAGUGGGACCCUGUCUCAAAAAUAAACACAUAAAUAAAUAAAAAUUAAAAUUAAUUCAGUGGAAAAGUUAGAAGAUAAAUUUGAGACCAUUUCCCAGAAAAGUAGUAUAAAAAUGAACGACAAAAAAGAAAAUAGCUAAGUGAGUGCAGUUCAUGCAGGAAAUGUAAUAUCCAACUAAUAGAUGUUCCAGAAAAAGGAAAUACAUGGAGAAGAAGAAAUUAAUAAAUAAUUCAAAAAAAUUGCCCCAGAAAUGCAGUACUGUGUAUGUAUUUCCAGAUUAAAAGGAUCUUUUGGUUGGGCAUGGUGGCUCACGCCUGUAGUCCUAGCACUUUGGGAGGCUGAGGCAAGAGGAUCCCUUGAACCCAGGAGUUUGAGACCAGCCUGGACAACAAAGUGAGAUCCUAUCUCUACAAUAAAAUUUAAAAAUCAGCUGGGUAUAGUGGUGUGUGCCUGUAGUCGCAGCUAUUCAGAAGGCUGAGGUGAAAGGAUCCUUUGAGCCUGGGAGUUCAAAGGUGCAGAGAGCCGUGAAUGCAACACUGCACUCUAGCCUGGGUGACAAGCGAGAUUCUGUCUCAAAAGAACAAGGAAAAUAAAAGGAUCUUUUGAGUCAUCAGCACUGAGAAACAUUAUCAUGAAAUUUCAGAACAUUUGGAAUUAGAGCUUGGGUUAAGCAUGGAGUAGAGUGAAGGAUCAAAACGGAUCAUGUAGACAAAAAUUGGAAGUCAGAGAUACUGCCCGUCAGCAGCAACUUCUAGCUCAUUUGGAAGCUAAAAGAUAAUGGAAUGUUCAGUGGAAGGUGAGGGACAAUGGCACAUGAGAGAAAGUGAUUUUCAACCUGAAGUUUUAUGCCCAGCCUAAUUAUUAAUCAAGUGCAAAGGCACCACUGAUAUAUUUUGAACUUAGAGUCUCAAAAUUCAUAUCGCAUAUUCCCUCUGUCAGAAAGCUGUGGGAGGACAUGUACUGUAUUAUAAUCCAUGAAUAAGCCAGAAAGGAAUUCAUAGUAUCAGAAAACAGGAUAGCCAACAAAGCGAAGUAAAAGGAAUUCCAGGAUAAUUGCAAAUGUCUCAGGAUGAUAGCUUAUAUCUGACCUAGAAAACAACCAGUCCAGAAUGGAGUAUGAAGACAGAAAAUUGGUAUAGACAUCUUGAAGGGGGAAAACUAAACUGAUAUAUGUUGAGUUUGAGCAUAUUGGAAGCAGAUAUGUAACAGAGGGAGUUUAAAGAUGAAUUAGUAAUAGAAGAUUAAGUGAAUAAAAAAAUGAGGCAAUUACAGUUCUAGGACAAGCAAAAAAUUUAUGAGAGGAAAAUAUAAUAGUUCGCUACUUGGGUUAGCUGUGAACAAUAUUUAUGUAAUUAUAACCCUCUAAACAUUGAUUUAACAAAAAUUUGUGAUAAAACUGUUGGGGGAAAAAACUAUAGUUCAGGAGGGCGUGCGUGUUUAGUGAUGCUGUAAUCAUUAAUAGUGUGUAGUAUGUCUUACAUUGUUUUAAGAAACACACACAAUUGAUCCUCAUGAUCAUCUUAUGAGGUAUGUGCUAUUAUCUUCCCUUUUUUAUAGGUGAAGGAAUUGAGGCAUAGAAAGGCUAAAUAAGAGUUAUUUCCUCAUCUUCAACAGUAAGAAAUGAAUGGAUAACAUCUGAAAUUGAUAAAAGCACUGUAAACUUUUUUUUUAGAAGUAAAGAGAAGAAAUAGCUAGGAUGUAUGAAUCAAGGGUAAGGAAGGGUGAGACUGGAAUGUUAUUUUUUAUUAACCUUGUAAUAUGAGUAUUAUUUUAGUACAAAUAAAGAUUUAAUUUUAAAACAUUUUUCCUCCAAAACCAAAUAAUACAUUAAAUGAUGUUACCUGAGUAAUAGGAUAUACAUAUAUUUCCAUAUGCGAUAGGUAGAUUUAGAGGUAUGUGAGUAUUUACGUAUAUUGGCUAUACCAAUAUGCUUUAUUUAUACCGGUGCCAAAACCAACAAAUCUCCUUAGCAUUUAGGUAAGAGCUUUAGAGUCAGAUGGACUGAACUGUAUAUUAUAGUAAUUUUCCUAAUUAUUCACUACCUGUUAUUAUUCUUACCUGUAAGAAGAUUAUACGGCUGCACUUACUGUCAUGUGAGUUGCAGUGCCUUCCUAUAAGAGAAGAAUUCUUCCUGGCCCCACAGACUUCCACCUUGGUCAUGGGAUUUGCUUGGCCAGUGGAAUGUGAGCUGAAUAUGACCUUCCUCCCGUGACCCAAUACUUUUCGUUUUCUUACCUUUCCUAUUCAGUGAAUUGCUAAAGUGCUAAAGUCAGGGUUUAGAGUUCUUCACCUUCACACUAAUCUCACAUUUUCAGUUACCAAUACUUCUGGAUUAUACCUGCUAAAUAUCUUUUGAGUAUGAGUACUCUUCCCAGUUCACGCUUCUAAUUACCUGGUCUAACCUAUUGUCUACUCAUCUGGUUGGCAAACUAUUGCUUAUGUGCAAAUCUAGCUGAAACACAGCCAGGUUUAGUGCUUUACAUAUUUAUAUUCAAUGUCUGUGUCUGCUUUAGUGCUACAGUGGCUGAGUAGUUGUGACAGAGAUUGUAUAGUCCAGCAGUCCCCAACCUUUUUGGCACCAGAGACCAGUUUCAUGGAAGACAGUUUUUCCAUGGACUGGUGUGGGGGGGUGGUUUUACAAUGAUUCAAGCACAUUACAUUUAUUGUAUACUUUAUUUUUAUUAUUAUUACCUUAUAAUAUAUAAUGAAAUAAUUAUACAGCUCACCAUAAUGUAGAAUCAGUGGGAGCCCUUAGCUUGUUUUUCUGCAACUAGACAGUCCCAUCUGGGGGUGAUGGGAGAAAGUGACAGAUCAUCAGGCAUUAGAUUCUCAUAAGGAGCACGCAACCUAGAUCCCUCGAAUGUGCAGUUCACAGUGGGGUUUGCACUCCUGUGAGAAUCGAAUGCUGCCACUGAUCUGACAGGAGGUAGGGCUCAGGUGGUAAUUUGAGCAGUGGGGAGUGGCUGUAAAUACAGAUAAAGCUUCCCUUGUUCUCUCACCUGCCCCUCACCUCCUGCUGUGCAACCUGGUUCCUAACAGGCCACGGACCACUAUUCCAUGCCCUGGGGGUUGGAGACCCCUGAUAGAGUCCAUAAAGCCUAAAAUGCCAUCUGGCCCUUUAUAGAAAAAUUUUGUCCACUCCUGAUUAGAUUACUGGAGUAGGUUUUUUAACUUUCUAACUGCUUUCUCUUGCUUCCUAUCUCUCUUUACCCUCCAUCUGUUCUUUAUAACAAAGCCAGGUUGUUGUUUUUUGGUUUCUGUUUUAACACAAAUUUGAUUGUUUUUCUCAUAUUUAAAACUGUUUCUUGACUUCCUAGUACCCUUACAAUAAGAUCAUACUCCUAGCAUGGUUAUAGUUUUCACAUUAUGGCAUCUUCUCAUCUCACAAGUUUACCUCUCUCACCCAUGUCUUGACCUCUUUUCACUUCCACUCUGUGCUUUAGGCCUUCUCAAACUUACUUUAGUUUUUACCAUGCUAUCUCUUAUUCCUGGGUCCUCUCAUAUGCUUUUCUUUCUUUCUUGCCCUGCCCUGCUCUGCCUUGCCCUGUCUUGUCCUGCCCUGCCCUGCCUUGUCCUGCCCUGCCCUGCCCUCCCUUCCCCUCCCCUUCCCAACACCCCUCCCCUCCCCUUCCAUUCCCUUCUUUCGAGACGGAGUCUUGCUCUGUCACCCAGGCUAGAGUGCAGUGGCACGAUCUUGUCUCCCUGCAGCUUCUGCCUCCCUGAUUCAAGGAAUUCUCCUGCCUCAGCCUCCUGAGUAGCUGGGACUACAGGCUCAUAGCCACUACUCCCGGCUGAUUUUUGGCAUUUUAAUAGAGACAGGGUUUUACCAUGUUGCCCAGGCUGGUCGCCCUGAGCUCAGGGAAUCUGCCUGCCUCAGCCUCCCAAAGUGCUGGGAUUGCAGGCGUGAUCAUAUGUGUUUCUUGAUUCCUCAUUUUGCUAUAUCCCAUGUGCAACUUUACAAGUUCUUAUACAUCCUUCAGGUAUCAGGUUAGAUACUAUUUUUCUUUGUGGAAAUCUUUCUUGGACUUCUUAAAUGUGAAUAAGGUGUCCUUUAUGGAUGUUCCUGUAGUGCUAUACUUGCCUUGUAAUUGUUGUUUUGUUGUUCAUCAUAUGCUCCAAAUCAGGGGUAACUUCCCUCUCUGCACCAGACUGUAUAAAUAGUUCAAUUCUUUUGAUGGUAAUAAAAUAGAAAAUUUCAGCACACUAGGAAAUAGAGAUUUGUCACAGGGUUUCACUUGUUUUUUAUUCCUUGUUUAAUACAAAGUCCAAUUAUAUUGCAUCAAUACCUCCAGUGUUUUUGUUCCUCUUCCAAAAAGUGGGGACUUCAUUUGUCAAGUGGUUCUGAGCUUGUGAUGAUGUUGCACAGUUAUGUUGGGGGCAGACAAUAGAGAGGGCUGCGUACAGCCUACAGCUGGGGAUCUGCAGAGAAUUUCCAGACCACUACUCUGGCAACUAGUGAUUAUCCUGAUUCUGUCCUACAAUCUUUUCCUGGGCUGCUGAGGUAGAGGUUGUGGCCAAUAAGGAAAUCCACUCAUAAUGCCCAUUGAACCUCUCAAAGUUAAGCAGUCUUGUUUGAUUUAAACAAAACCUCUCUCUACUUUGAUUAGGGAUGCAUUUUGUGUCAUAUAACGAAAGGCAGGAUAGUGUAGUGGUUAGAGAACAGACUUUGGAAUGAGAAUGAAAGAGUUGGAAUCUCUGCCUUGGUUGCCUUAUCUGUAAAGUGAGGAUAAUAAAGGUACCAAUCUCAUAGGACAUUUGUGAGGAUUAAAUGAGUCAAGUUAACUUAAGUACAGUCAUUUGCCACAUAAUGAUGUUUCUGUCAUCAGUGGACCUCAUAUACAACAAUGGUCCCAUAAGAUUAUAAUGGAGCUGAAAAAUUCCUAUUGCCUAGUGAUUUUGUAGCCAUCCUAAAGUCAUAGCACGACACAUUACUCAUGUGUUUGGAGUGAUGCUGGAGUAAACAAACCAAAUGCACUGUCAGUCAUAAAAAGUAUAGCAUACAGUUAUGUAAGGUACCUAACACUCGAUAAUGAUAAUAAAUGACUAUAUUACUGGUUUAUAUAUUUACUAUACUAUACUUUUAAUUGUUUAAUUUUAGAGUGGACUCCUUCUGUUUAUUAAAAAAAAAAUCAGUUAACUGUAAAACAGUCUCAGGCAGGUCCUUCAGGAGGUAUUCCAGAAGAAGGCAUUGUGAUCAUAGGAGAUGACAGCUCCCUGUGUGUUAUUGCCCCUGAAGACCCUACAGUGGGACAAGAUGUGGAGGGUUUGAAAAACAAACCGAAAAAGAUGGGCCACAUAAAGCCAGACUUGAUUGACGUUGACUUAAUCAGAGGGUCAACAUUUGCCAAAGCAAAACCUGAAAUUCCGUGGACAUCUCUGACUCGGAAGGGGCUUGUUCGAGUUGUAUUUUUUCCAUUGUUCAGCAAUUGGUGGAUUCAGGUUACCUCUUUAAGAAUCUUUGUUUGGCUGUUACUACUUUAUUUCAUGCAAGUUAUAGCAAUUGUCUUAUAUUUGAUGAUGCCUAUUGUGAACAUAAGUGAAGUACUUGGACCCUUGUGCCUUAUGCUACUCAUGGGAACUGUCCACUGUCAAAUUGUGUCUACUCAGAUAACAAGACCAUCAGGAAACAAUGGAAAUCGAAGAAGAAGAAAAUUACGAAAAACUGUAAAUGGUGAUGGGAGCCGAGAAAAUGGAAAUAACUCCUCUGAUAAAGUCAGAGGAAUAGAAACUUUGGAAUCUGUACCCAUUAUUGGUGGUUUUUGGGAGACUGUCUUUGGCAACAGGAUUAAAAGAGUAAAAUUAAUAUCUAACAAAGGGACUGAAACUGACAAUGACCCAAGUUGUGUCCAUCCUAUCAUUAAGAAGAGACAAUGUCGACCAGAGAUUAGAAUGUGGCAAACAAGAGAGAAAGCAAAAUCUUCAGAUGGAGAAAAGUGUCGUAGGGAGGCUUUUAGGCGUUUGGGUAAUGGGGUGUCUGAUGACCUGUCAAGUGAAGAAGAUGGUGAAGCACGGACACAGAUGAUAUUAUUGCGUAGGAGUGUGGAAGGGGCCUCAAGUGACAAUGGUUGUGAAGUUAAGAAUAGAAAAUCAAUACUUUCAAGGCACCUAAACUCUCAGGUAAAGAAGACCACUACAAGGUGGUGUCAUAUUGUGCGGGAUUCAGAUAGUCUGGCUGAAUCAGAAUUUGAAUCAGCAGGCUUCAGCCAGGGCUCUAGAUUGGGUGUGAGUGGUGGCUCUCGAAGCCUCAACAUGUCAAGAAGAGACUCAGAAAGCACCCGCCAUGACUCGGAGACGGAGGAUAUGUUAUGGGACGACCUGCUACAUGGCCCAGAGUGCCGGUCAUCUGUCACCAGUGACAGUGAGGGGGCCCAUGUGAAUACCCUUCACUCAGGGACCAAACGUGACCCCAAAGAGGAUGUUUUUCAGCAGAAUCAUUUAUUCUGGCUUCAGAAUUCAAGUCCUUCCUCUGAUCGAGUUAGUGCAAUAAUCUGGGAGGGGAAUGAGUGCAAAAAGAUGGAUAUGUCUGUGUUGGAAAUAAGUGGCAUCAUCAUGAGUAGGGUCAAUGCCUAUCAGCAAGGAGUAGGUUAUCAGAUGCUGGGAAAUGUUGUCACUGUUGGAUUAGCAUUUUUUCCAUUCUUACAUCGACUUUUCCGUGAGAAGAGCCUUGACCAACUAAAGUCCAUUUCAGCUGAGGAGAUCUUGACUCUCUUUUGUGGGGCACCACCUGUUACACCUAUUAUUGUUUUGUCCAUAAUUAAUUUUUUUGAAAGAUUGUGUCUUACUUGGAUGUUUUUUUUCAUGAUGUGUGUGGCAGAGAGAACAUAUAAACAGAGAUUUUUAUUUGCAAAGCUCUUCAGCCAUAUUACUUCUGCCAGGAAAGCUAGGAAAUAUGAAAUACCUCAUUUCAGACUUAAGAAGGUGGAGAAUAUUAAAAUAUGGUUAUCACUGCGUUCCUAUCUAAAGAGACGGGGGCCACAGCGUUCAGUUGAUGUGGUUGUAUCCUCGGUCUUCCUACUGACACUUUCGAUUGCUUUCAUUUGUUGUGCUCAGGUUCUCCAAGGACAUAAAACUUUCCUGAAUGAUGCUUAUAACUGGGAGUUUUUGAUCUGGGAAACAGCUUUACUACUUUUCUUAUUGCGUCUGGCCUCAUUGGGGUCUGAAACCAAUAAGAAAUACAGCAAUGUUUCGAUAUUACUUACAGAACAGAUUAAUUUAUAUCUUAAGAUGGAAAAAAAGCCAAAUAAGAAAGAACAGCUUACUCUAGUAAACAAUGUAUUAAAGCUGUCCACCAAGUUGUUGAAAGAGCUGGACACACCAUUUAGACUCUAUGGACUGACAAUGAAUCCCUUAAUCUACAAUAUCACAAGAGUAGUUAUCCUUUCUGCUGUCUCAGGUGUUAUAAGUGAUCUUCUAGGAUUUAAUAUAAGACUGUGGAAAAUUAAAUCAUAAGCUGAGUUAAAUGCCUGGACUCUCCCCUGGCUGGUAUCAAAAGUUACCUAUCAAGGAAAGAGAUGACUGCAGAAACCAGUGAGAUACCCAUCUGCUUGUUCACAUGCACAGGUGCUCUCAGCUCUGCCAAAGCGAAUUAAUGGUGUUUCCGGAGGAACAAGUCCUUUUCCAACUGGGUGUGCAUGCUAAAAACCUGUAUUUUCAUGCUUUUCAAACAACAUGGAUAGUCAGCCAACUAAAGACUGUGUGUGUUGUGG